AUGCUCACGAAGGCUGACAGUCAUAGCCUGCUGCAGGAAUUCAGAUCGGCAAUCAGGGAAGAGAUUUCUGCAGUCCGGGCAGACCUCUCUGCUGUGGAGGUGAGAGUUGAUGCCUUGGAGACUGAGGCACAGGCGAGCCGUUCACAACAUAGGUCGGCUGAAAUAGCUGCCACAAGGCAGGGGAACCUCCUUUUAACCCUGAGGCGACAGGUGGAGGAUUUGGAGAACCGCAGUCGUCUUCAGAACAUCCGGAUCAGGGGGCUGCCGGACGCGGUCCCACUGCAGGAUACGGUGCGGGCCCUCUUCAGACACAUCCUGGGCCAAGAGUGCCCGGAAGACAUUCAAUUUGACCGAAUUUCACAGAGCACUGGGCCCUCCACGCCAGGAUGGGAAACCCAGAGACGUGCUGUGUUGUCUGCAUGCCUAUAG